UUAUGACCCCUUGGGUCAGAGCACCAUUCCAGCACCUGGAGCUGCUGUGUAAGGUGGUCUCGGCACCCAGACUGGCUGGCUGUGGUGGUCUGCACCCAGGUUAUAAUGAAUGUCAGUACUGGAUCCCCCUCCUCACCCCAUGCAGCAGCGAGGGUCAGCAGUACAGUGCAGCACUAGCCGCUCUCCCAGCGCCCGGGGGCAGCAGCCUGGUACAGGGAUCUCCGCGGGUCGCAGCAGCGGGACACACCCCCGGACGGGACGCGCUCACAGGGCUGCACUGAGGGAGGGAGUCGGUGCGGCGGUCAGGUGCCGUGUCCCCGGGAAGAGCAGCAGACACACGCCCGGAGCUGCAGAGUCUGAUCCGGCGUUCCGGACUGUUCCGGUGAUCACCCAGCGCCAGCAGCGGAGGCACGGUCUUCCUUAUAUGGAGAUGGACAGACGCAACAGAUCGGGGAACACAGCUAAUUGUAUAAAGCCGCCGAGCAGUGACCACCGGGGCCCUGAAGGCUACAUUUACGUGGCGUCUGACGAUGAGGAGUCCGUGAUUGUGAUCUCGGAUGAGGAAGACAGCGUGGGAGGCUACAUUUACGUGGACUCGGGAGAUGACUUGUCCUCUGCUGGUGGCCCAGGUAAAGGGCUGAAGGCUGAUGAAGGCCAUCGUGUGCGAGAAAGACUGUUCCAUGAAGUGCGGCUGGCGGCCAGAGAGAUGGAAGAUUUCUGCAUUGCCUGUGGCAGCUUAGAUAUCUGCGGGGAGCACCCCCUCUUUAUUGGGGGCUUGUGCCACACAUGCCAGGACUGGUUCCUCAGCUGGGGAUACCUGGUGGAUGAAGAUGGACAUCAGUGUUUCUGCAGCGUCUGCUCCUCUGGGAAGGAGAUACUGAUGUGUGGCAGCCGAUGCUGCUGGAGGUGUUUCUGUGUGGAAUGUGUGGACUUGUUGGUGGGGCCAGGGGCGGCCAAGUCAGCUAUACAGGAAGACCCCUGGAACUGCGUCAUGUGCGACCAGAAUGGGGUCAGGGGACUGCUACAGAGACGGGACAAUUGGCCCACCCACCUCCAGGCUCUCUUAUCCAACCACCAUGACCUGGACUAUGACCCUCCAGCGCUCUACCCCCCAAUCCCAGCUGUGGAAAGGAAGCCAAUCCGAGUGCUGUCUCUGUUUGAUGGCAUUGCGACAGGUUUAUUGGUGCUAAAGAAACUGGGCAUCCAGGUAGAGCGGUACGUGGCCUCGGAGGUGUGUGAGGACGCCAUAGCAGUGGGAAUGGUACGGCAUCCUGGAGAUAUAGAGUAUGUGGGCGACGUGCAGUUCAUCACCCGCAGACAGAUCCAGGAGUGGGGACCUUUUGAUCUGUUAAUCGGUGGAAGCCCAUGUAAUGACCUCUGCGUAGUAAACCCAUCCCGGAAAGGUCUGUACGGCGGCACCGGGCGCCUCUUCUUUGACUUCCCUCGUCUGCUUCAUAAAGUCAGGCCUAAACCGGGUGAGGACCGCCCGUUCUUCUGGCUGUUUGAGAAUGUGGUGGCCAUGGACCGAAUGUUCCAGAGGACCAUUUCCCAGCACCUGGAGACAAACCCGGUGAAGAUCGAUGCCAGAGUAGUGUCCGCGGCACACCGAUCCCGGUACUUCUGGGGUAACCUGCCCGGCAUGACCAGGCCCCUGGUUUCCACGGUAAAUGAGAAGCUGGAACUUCAGGACUGCUUGGAACCGGGGCGAAAAGCAAAGUUCCCUAAAGUCUGCACCAUAACCACCAAUCUCUACUCCCUGAGGCAGGGGAAGGAGCACAUGUUCCCGGUGACCAUGAAUGGGAAGGAGGACGUCCUGUGGAGCUCAGAGUUAGAAAGGAUCUUUGGAUUUCCUCCACAUUACACUGAUGUCUCCAAAAUGAGCCGGGGCUCCCGGCAGAAACUCCUGGGCAGGUCCUGGAGCGUCCCGGUUAUCCGCCACCUCUUCGCCCCCCUGAAGGAAUAUUUCGCCAGCGUGUAACGCCGACCACUAUGGAGGACUGUGUACAAGUAAUGUCUGCAGGAGGGCGAGAGAAUGAAACAACGUGACCCACAUCCUGCGCUGCUACACUAUAUGUAUCAUUCUGUGAGGCAGCUGUACUAAGCUCUGGAGAGAGAUAAAGUACACAGCUGAUUGGCUAGAACAUUAUCUCUCUCCAAGGCUUAAUACAUCUCCCCUGUUCUGUUUAUUUUCUUUCUUUUUAUUGUAUUUUAUUGUUAGAUUAAUGUUUGUUUGAAUGGGAGCAUUUGUGGCUUUCUGUUACUGAUGU